UUCAGAGACCAUCUGCCAGGCGCUUUAAGCUUAAACCGGGGUCGAAACCCCACUUGGACUCCAAAUUAGUCAGGGCAAUCUCCCCGCAUCCAUACCCAAUCGCCUGUCUCCUGCUUCAAUCCUGAAUAAGACUGGAAACCUACACUGCCCCUUCCAUGGUUAGUCCAAACUACGAACACACCUACGUCCCAUGAAGUGUAUAUAAAUUCUUCACCCGGAAAUCCAUCCCACCGAGGCCACAAUGUCGGCGUCUAAACGCUCUGCGUCGGUCGACCUGGCCGGUCCACCGCAUUUCGCCUCGACCGACUCAGACGCGGCCACCGUGACAGACGAUGGUCGAGUCAAUGUAAACCUGGACUCCAGCGCAGGCAAAGCAGCGCUUAAACGCGCCCUCUCUCUCCUACCCGCUACCAGCGAGGAGCCACCGUCCCCGCCUCCAGACUACACGCAAUCCACUCCCUUCGACAUCAAACUAAAUAUCAUCGUCCAAGUCGUCGGAAGCCGCGGCGACGUGCAGCCCUUCGUCGCGCUCGGAAACGAGCUCCAGAAACACGGCCACAGAGUCCGAAUAGCCACGCACAACACCUUUGAUUCGUUUGUCCGCGGCGCCGGGUUAGAGUUCUAUCCUAUCGGCGGAGACCCCGCGGAGUUGAUGGCCUACAUGGUCAAGAACCCGGGGCUGAUACCCAGCGUGGAGAGCCUGCAGGAGGGAGACAUCAAGAAGAAGCGGGUUAUGGUCGGUGAGAUGCUGGACGGCUGCUGGCGGUCGUGCAUCGAGGAUGACCUUGUGUCUGGGAUGCCGUUUGUGGCGGACGCGAUUAUUGCGAAUCCGCCGAGUUUUGCGCAUAUACACUGUGCGGAGGCGCUGGCGAUUCCGUUGCAUUUGAUGUUUACGAUGCCGUGGAGUCCGACUACGGCUUAUCCGCAUCCGUUGGCGAAUUUGAGGUAUUCGGGGAAGAAUCAGAAGUUCGCGAAUUCGGUGUCUUAUGGAGUUGUGGAGUGGUUGACUUGGCAGGGGCUGGGUGAUGUGAUUAACAGCUGGAGAUCGACGAUCGAUCUCGAACCGGUGCCCACGAAUGAAGGGGCCACUAUGGCGCAGACGCUCAAGAUUCCGUUCACGUAUUGCUGGUCGCCGGCUUUAUUGCCCAAGCCUAUAGAUUGGCCUGCAUAUAUCGAUGUGUGUGGCUUCUUCUUCCGUGAUCCGCCCAGCUACUCCCCUACCCCUGAGCUGGCAGCCUUUCUUCAAAAUGGCCCCCCUCCGAUAUAUGUCGGGUUUGGAAGCAUCGUCCUCGAUGAUAGUGUCGAAAUGACGGCUAUUCUUGAAGAAGCCGUCAAACUCACUGGUGUCCGGGCCAUCAUUUCUCGGGGGUGGAGUCAACUCGGUGGGGAGUCUUCUUCGAACAUUCUCUAUCUCGGCGACUGCCCUCACGACUGGCUAUUUGAGCGUGUUUCUUGUGUCAUUCAUCACGGGGGUGCUGGCACCACCGCAUGCGGUCUUCGCUACGGCAAGCCCACUACUGUAGUCCCGUUCUUUGGAGAUCAACCAUUCUGGGGCAAGAUUGUGGCCGCCUCGGGUGCCGGGCCCGACCCCAUCCCACAUCGCUCUUUGACAGCCGAGAAACUUGCAAAUGCAAUUCGCUUUUGUCUAAACCCAAGCACGCUCGACGCAGCCGAGAAUCUAGCCAUAAAAAUGCUGGAAGAGACAGGUGUCGCAAAGGCAGUGGAAUGUUUUCAUCGCAAUCUUCCGCGAGAUAAGAUGAGGUGUGCCGUUUUGCCAGAUCGGCCGGCGGCAUGGGUGUACAAAAAGAACAAAGGGAAGCCCAUCUAUCUGUCCAAAAUGGCUGCGCAGGUUAUCCUUGACCAUAUGCGGGUUGACAAAGAGGAUCUGAAGCGACACGAGAUCAACCCAAUCGUGCUCCAAAACCGGCGAUUCGAUCCCAUCUCCGGUACGACAUCCGCUGCCUUCGAAACCGGAGCGGGCCUCGCAAAGGCCACGAGCAAUAUGCUGUGGAAACCAUACCAGGAGAUCCAGCGCGGGCGAACCAGCAGCCCACAGCCCAGCGUUACCCGAUCGCUCAGCACACCAUCCCUAUCCCAGACGGAACCAGAGAACCCUGUUCCCGAGAAAUCGUCCACCGCACCACCCAGACUGAGCACCUCUCCCACCAGGAUCGACUGGAUGACAGCGGCGACCGCAGCCGCCACAUCCGCCAAAGGUGUCGGCCAAUUCAUCGGCAAAUACUACAAAGGCAUGGCGGUGGACAUCCCGCUCGCCACGACGGAAGGUCUCCGCGCUAUCCCCCGGCUCUACGGCGAGGAAGUUCCCGAAUACGUCGUCCGCGACUGGAAGUCCGGCGCUGCCGCGGGAGGGAAGAAUUUUAUCCAUGGGAUGCGCGGCGGGUUGACGGAUAUGCUGACACAGUCGUACCAGGGUGGAAAGGACAAAGGGCCCCUCGGAGUGGGCAAGGGGUUCCUCAAGGGCACGGUGGGCCUCGCGACGAAGGUGCCGUCUGCUGCGUUGGGCCUCGUUGCUUACCCUGGCCAGGGUAUCUGCAAGAGCUUACAUCAUACUAUACGGUUCCAGACGAGGAGGGAGAUUACCGCUGCGCGGUACAGAGAGGGGGUGUUUCUUCUUCGAGUGGAGGGCGGUUCGUUGGAUGAGGGGGAUGUUGUUGAUCUGUUUGAGGUUUUGAGGAGUAGUGCGGGUGAUUUUUGAGCGACAUCGUCUGGUACUGAUGUUGCAUGCUGAGUAUAUAGUAUAUAUAAAUGCAGGACAUAGU